AUGAUGCCGCUCAAAGGCGAAGCGGAGGACGGUGGAGGCCUCGAAAUGGCCCUGGCAGGGCUCGCUCGCGGCGUUGGCGAGGUCCGCCGACCGCGCGCCCUCCCGCCCUCCCGGCCUUUUCCUCUCGGGCUCGUCGGCCUCCGCGAGGUUGAGGCGGUGGGCCUGCAUGUCGUCGACGACCUCCGGCGUGGUCAGGAGGGUCGCCGCUGGGUACAGGCGGCGAAAAGACGGCGCGCCCGGGGCGGUUGA